AUGUGGCAAUUCGCAGCCAUCUCAGUAGCGACCAUAGUGGUGGUGUGGCUAUGGCAAGUAUUUCACUGGGUUUGGGUUGAGCCCAGGAGGCUUGAGAAGCUCCUCCGCAAGCAAGGCUUCAACGGAAACUCUUACAAGUUUCUCUACGGCGACACCAAGGAGAUCGCCGACAUGUACCGUCAAGUGCACUCUAAGCCGAUUGGCCUUCACGACGACAUCGUGCCUCGUGUUAUGCCCUUCAUUCUCAAGACCAUCAAUACUUAUGGCAAGAACUCGUUCGCGUGGAUCGGGCCAAGGCCACGUAUUUACAUAUCGGAUCCCGACCACAUGAGGGAGGUGCUGACAAGGCACACCGACUUCCAGAAGAACUUCAGGACCACGAACAAGGUCUACAAAUUGCUCGUUGGUGGCAUUGUCGAGUUUGAGGAGGACAAAUGGACGAGGUACAGGAUGAAAUUGAACCCGGCUUUUCACUUGGACCGCUUGAAGCAUAUGUGCCCCAUAGUCCAAGGCUGCUGCGAGACCAUCCUAACUGACUGGAAGAAGAAGAUGAAAGACGGGUCGGGUGUGGUGGACGUGUUCCACUAUCUGGAGGCCUACACCGGCUCAGCCGUGACGUGCGCCCUAUUUACGCAUGCCUUUGAUGAUGAAAUGAGAAAGUGCUUCCAUCUCCUUAGGGACCUUUCCCUCAUGGCCAACAUAGCCGUCAGGACCUUCGAUGUUCCCGGGAAAGGGUACCUACCGACAGCACUACACCGGAAGGCUAGAGCAAUGGAGGGCGAAGUCCGUGACUCGUUCCGGAAAAUGGUGAACGAUCGGGUAAAGAAGAGGCGGGCAGGAAUCGAGGACGGGCGCGACCUAUUCGACCUCUUCCUGGACGAGCUUUAUGACGAGAACAGUGCCAAGGAGGUGGAUGUUGAAAGCAUUGUUGACGACGCUAUUGGAAACUGCAAGCUCUUCUACUUUGCUGGCUACGAAACCACUUCUAAUCUUCUGGUGUGGACCAUGGUGAACCUUGCUAUCCACCAGGACUGGCAGACACGCGGUCGGGAGGAAGUCUACCGCGUCCUGGCAGGCCGCAAGAAGCUGCACCCGGAUGACCUCUCCCAGCUCAAAAUUUGUAACAUGAUCAUACACGAGGUAUUGCGCCUGUUCCCUCCGGUGUUUGAGCUGUCGAGGGUGGUGGAGGAGGACACGAAGCUGGGUGACUAUAUCAUUCCCAAGGACAUCCUUAUCCAGCUCCCGAUUGCCAUGCUCCACCGCAAGCCCGAGAUAUGGGGGCCCGACGCCCACCUGUUCAAGCCCGAGCGCUUUGCAGACGGCAUCCUCAAGGCCGCUAACGGGCAGGCGGCUCUUCUUCCCUUUGGGUGGGGCCCGCGCAUCUGCAUCGGCCAGAACUUUGCCAUCAUGGAGUCCAAGAUCUUCCUCGCCACACUCCUCCAGACCUUCACUUGGGACCUCUCCCCUGAGUACAUCCACGCCCCCUACGCGGCAUUCACUGUCCAGCCCCAGCAUGGGGCGCCACUCGUGCUUCAAGAGAUCCGCACCUGA